GGUCGUGUCGCACACUGCACUGAUAGCCCCAAGCAUAAUGAGUUUAGCUAAUUCCCGUUGUCUCUCUGUAGAAGCCCCGUCCAGGUGCAAUAACUUAUACCAAGGAAAGAGUGGAUGUAGUAUCUCUCCCCACCGAGCUGUGGACAAGGCUGUUAGUAACUCCUUUAGUGUGUCUUCAUCUUCUGGAACUGGUGUGGUGGAAGCGUCCAAGGGUUCAAGGAAACUGAAGUUAGCUGCUCUUAGUAGACGGUUGUUACUGCCAGGCUUGGUUACUAGCUUGAGGGCUGGAUAUAGAACGCGUAUAGGUGUACCAUUGAAAAAGUUAUGGAUGUACGCUUCGAGUGCCAAUGUUAGAAUUGCGUCCUUCACUGAGUCAAUACCAAAAUCAAUGGAAUUCUCCAGGAAUACUACUGGCUUCAGGAUGGAAGUGGCCAACUUUCUGGAAACAUAAAAUCAUUUAAAAUUACAACUUGCAUUCAUUAAAGAAACAAUUUACUUAUGAUUGAGAUAACAUUCCGGUUAUUACCUCAGAGGUGCAGCGUGGAAUUCUACCAUAAGAUCUUCAAAGGCAGACGGAAGAUGUUCAAAGUAGUAGUCGAACAAAGCCUGUACAUUGUCUACACUGGGAACUGCAUUUGGGUCAUUAAUCCCCCCCCUGCUCAGAAUAACUUCAACCUCACA